GGAAGAGCGCGUCCGUAGAUGAGCGCGGUGGAAGUGGGAUUGUGCGUAGGCUACGUCAUGUCCACGGAAAACGACUUACUAUCGAAAGAGCUCUCAUCUUUUGUAAAUACUGAAUGACUCGCCGAGCUGACUAUGGAUGCUUGUUCCUUGAUUGACUUUAAUAGUAUCGGGGCUACAGUCGAUCUGUCUAACUAAGAAUUCCUUGACGCGUUCUCCAAAUUCCAAUCGUGUUCCACACGAGAGGGAUCUGAACGGUAGCCCAUUCUUAGACAUUGGCCUGGUAAGACGAUAACAAAAAUGUGUCUUUGUCGUUGAGCAUAACAGACAAAGUAAAACCAGUGUAUUUAGUUUCUGCCGUUCAGGAUCAAAACAAAACAUUAUGCCAUUCCAUGUUAGUUGCUGAGGGUCGUAUAUUUUCAUUCAUGACAUGUUAAAAGCUGAUGAUGUUUCACUGUAGAUUGUAUCUCGUUUGAUUGGCCCAGGCAGAUGCCAGUCAAGCCUCUUUGUGCCUGCAUGGAUCCGGUUGUAGGCUUAACACAGCAGCAUGGGCAGCGCGCAUUCCAACUGGCCUAAAUAUAUCUGGUAGGGACGCAGUGGGGGAAGGAGGGUGCGACAGGGCUUAACUUUGGAUAAUUAGCCUUCGUGGUUAAAACGAGAAAUUGACCUUCUGAAACGUAGUACAGUAACUUUUUUCACCAAGGAGGCGAAGUGGGACCAACCCAAAAUGCCCGCAAUUCCGAGUUCUAGGUCCAGGACGCGGGAUCGGAACAACGUCCUGAGCAGACCCGAGUUCAUGUCCCUGAACCAGCCCCUUUGGAGCGGCAACUCGGAGAGCCGGGGAAACUCAAGGCGACCUGGUCAACCCAAACACCAAGCAAGCCAGCUGUGCGACCCGCAGGAACCUACUGACAGUGCCAACAAGGAUCGGAAAGAGCCCACGAAACUGCCCGAGGAGGACUGUAUCCAGCUGAACCCUUCUUUCAAGGGGAUAGCGAUGAGCUCCCUCCUCGCCAUUGACAUUUGUCUGUCCAAGCGCCUGGGGGUCUGCGCCUACACGUCGUCGUCUUGGGGCACGGUUCGUUCCAUGGUCACCCUACUUGCGUUCACGGGACAUGGCAUCACGUGGAUCAUUGGCACUAUCGUGUGUCUGACAAGGAGUAAUACGCUGGCGGGACAAGAGGUCUUGGUCAAUCUAUUACUUGCCCUCCUGCUUGACGUCAUGACAGUGGCCGGAGUCCAGAAGCUGAUCAAACGCAAAGGACCCUGGGAGAUGAGUCCGGGAUUCCUGGACUACUGUGUCAUGGAUGUGUACUCCUUCCCAGCGGCCCACGCCAGCCGCGCUGCCAUGGUGUCCAAGUUCCUGCUUUCCCACCUGGUCCUGGCCGUCCCGCUUCGCAUCCUGCUGGUGCUCUGGGCCUUCCUGGUGGGCAUGUCCCGGGUGCUGUUGGGUAGACACCACCUGACCGACAUGGUGUGCGGCUUCGCCCUGGGCCUGCUGCACUUCAGCCUGGUGGAGACGGUGUGGCUGUCGUCCAGCGCCUGUCAAACCCUCAUCUCUAUAGGGACCCUCAGCUGGAGCUCCUUCUACUGAGCACUAUCUAUCAAGGCUCUCAACGCCUUUUUGAAGCUGUAAAGCCCUGGCUUUAUAAAGCCUUAAAAGUAGGGCCAGGAGUUCUUCCUGAUGUGAUCUGGAACAGAGUUUUCCCUGAUCAAGGCCUACUGUCGAAGGCUGCAUUAGACCUACGUAUAGGCUUUAUCUUGAUUUCCUUUCAAUUAUGUUGCUUGUAUUUUUCUGCUGGAAACUAUCAUUUGUUUAAACUAUACAUUUUUGAGAAACAGGUGGACUGGACUCCAAAUGUGAAUAGAUUUUUGCUGUCAUUGAAUUGUGCUGUAUGUGUUAAACAAAAACAUGAUUGUUGUCUAGCAGAUCAGGGAUUUUGCUACAGGGUUAAAUAUUUAUCCUAUCCAAAUAAGUUUCAAAAGAUAGUUUUGAUUAGUUUAAGGCAAGCGGUUUCAUCAUAGAUCUGUAUGUUGUAUAUUCCACAUUGUUUGCCUUCUCUGCUGCAAUCUAAGCAUUAACCAAACAGAUAGACACAGUUAAUUUAUGGUGCUGAUUUCAUGCCUCACUGAGUAACUGAACAACGUCUGUGUGAAGUCAUCUACAGUACAUCAGGCUUGGGGUUACCAUUGAUACUGUGACAUAUGUGUGUGUAUAUGGGUGAUUGUGUGUGUGCAUAUGUCUGUGUUUGUAUGCCUCCAUGCAAGAUUUCUUAUGUGUGUACCUUUGUGAGGCAAAUGUAAUGUCUUUUGGAGGGUAAAAGUCACUGAGUAAACCUUUGCUGGGUAAAGUCCUGAAUGUUCACAGGCAUGUACAAAAAAUGAAUUAUACCCGAUAUCAAAGGCUUUUUACCUACUGUAUGCCUUCAUGUAUUUCAUUUAUUGGUCUUCUACUAUCUCUUUUGGUUGUUUAUUUUUGUUGUGAUAUUAUGGACUUGGGAACCAAACUAUUUAAGCUGUAGCCUUUUUGCUUUCGCAAAAAAAUAUUUAAUUGGGUUGAACCUGUAUGUAUGUAUGUAUGUAUGUAUGUAUGUAUGUGUCACGCCCUGACCUUAGAGAGCCUUUUUAUUC